AUGGUUGUCAUGUCACGCUACGUUCGUUCAUUCAGAGGCAUGAAUGCAGCCCGGCUGGGGUUGAAGCUCCCAGAGGAGUUCAUCAUGGAAGAUGUCAGGCUACGUUCGUUCAUUCAGUGGCAAAGAAUACACGCCUGGCUGGGAUACGUUUUAUUCUUUUUUCUCUGUAAUUUAACAUUAAGAGGACUGGCACCAGUUUUGGAAGACAACGUAGGAACCGGACCGCAUUCAACAUUCUGCUUUUGUCGAAUGGACGACGGCAUUCAACAUACUUCCCUUGUCGAAUGGACGAAAAAUGAUGAGAGGUGGGCCGUGGUGGGAGUCAGCACGUUUCAGAUGGUGGUCUCAUGA